AUGACUGCAAACUUGCAGUCAUUAUCAGCGACAGUCUCUACCUCAAUCGAUGGGUCCAAACCGGAGAGGCCAGACCAAAACCCAGACGAGUAUUCCAUUGAUUUGAACGAUAUCCUGGAGGAAUUUGAAUCCGGAGCAAUCGAAGACGAUGUAAUUCAGAUUUCCGAGCCAUCCCAUAAUAAUUCGCAACAGCUGGCUGUUUCGCUGCGAUCUCCUCGGUCUAAAUCGCCAACCGCAAUUUGCCUAGAUCUAUCAGAAGGGCCCCAGCAGCUUUCCGAAACCCCUUCCAGGGCAGAGUCCAUAUCUGAAAGAGUCAGCAGCCUUGCGCAGGAAAUUCCUAGCAUCUGGUCCUUUGACUAUCAGAUGGGAACCGAUCCAUAUACUAGAGCUUUAUCCAGCAACCAAAGCUGCAGAAUGAGAUUGAACAAGGAUUGGACUGAAACCAAUUCCCCAUUUUCGGAUCACAUUCAAAGCUUGCGCACAACCCUUAAAAGCAAGGUGGACCUCAACACACCUAAGACAGGACCGGCGAUGCUAUUGUGA